AUGGUGCUGAGCUUGUUGCGGCCCACCAUUGCCAAAAUUAGUGUCACUGCAAAAACCGCAAUCACCAUCAGCCACCGCGGGAUGUUGCGGUGGAUCCAUGGGUCCAUCAUCUGGAUCAUGAAGGCCGAUGAGUACAGGUUGAGGAUAUUGUUGGUCAUUAAUGAAAGCCAGAGCACAAUCAGCAAAAACUUGCCGAAAUUGCCCCAAUUGUCAAAAACAACGUUCAACAACCCGCCAAUGGAGUCGUUUUCGUACGCUGCGUUCCAAUUCUCGUUCACCAAUGCCGCGUUGCCGAUUAAAAGACCAAUCACCGCCCCAAAAACCGUGGGAACGGCUAUCCCAAAAAACGUCAGAAAGAAAGUCUUAGUCUGCCCGAAAUUCUCAGGGAACAGGAUGUACCGUCUCGAUUUUGAGAACAAGCUUGAUUCCAAAGACAGCAACGACCAGACUCAGAACACUGACAAUGAUGAUUCCGACCUCGAUGGGCAGACUCCCGUUGCUCACGCCGCGCAGAAUCUCGCCGCCAAGAACAGCGUUACUCACCGUCCAACCCCCCAUGCCGAUCACCGAGAUCAGACACACAAACCGGAUCGCAAACCGUCCAAAGAGAAACCGCAUCAGACACAGCUGACGUAA